AUGGCUUCCAUUUUCAAUGCCUCAAACUCACUUUUCCUUUGCUUGAUUCUCUUAUCUGCCUCACAAUUUUUGGUUAUCAAUUGUGCUGAGUUUGAAGUUGGAGGUAGAGUUGGUUGGGUUGUCCCUACCUCAAAAGACUCCGAUGAAAUGUAUAACCAAUGGGCUUCCCAAAAUCGAUUCAAAAUUGAUGACACUAUUCAUUUCAAGUAUGAUAAAGACUCGGUGAUGAUGGUGACUGAAGAAGAAUACGAAAAGUGCAAAUCGGACCGGCCACUGUUUUUCGAAAACAAUGGGAACACGGUUUACAAAUUCGAACGACCGGGAAUGUUCUACUUCAUUAGUGGAGUUAGUGGUCAUUGUACAAGAGGACAGAAAAUGGUGAUCAAGGUUUUGAAUAUUGAACCAAUUACGGCACGAUCACCACAAUCUGCAAAUGAGACUGCACCCAUAGCACACUCUAAAGCUACUCAAAUGAAUCCUAUUAGUGUCACAGCAUUCACACUCUUUGUUCUUUCAUUCCUUGGCAUGGCUUAUGUUUGA